UUCAUUACAUUUUCACUUCUUCAUCCAAAUCCAAAUAGGAUUACUUCCUCUUGAGAUAUUUCCCCUUCUCUUCCCCCGCCACACUCCGACUCAAUUACAGAGAGAGCAAUUCCUGCCUUGUAUACUACACAGUACACAGUUCAGUCAGCACUCAGCAGAGAAGAGAGGUGUGUGUAUUCUCCUACAGUGGCACUGUUCAACCUUACAGGGAAAUGGUUCUUCUUCACCCCUCCAGAUUCCCCUUCUCCUUAUUAACCUUAUCCCCAUCACUCUCACUCCGACACUAUUCCAAAACCACCCUCUUAUUCCAACCCAAAUCCACCCUCACCACCACCCUAACCCCUUCUUCCCCACCACCCUUCCCCCUCGACAAACUCUUCAUCCCGCCGGAGACAAAACUCCCUCUCGACGCCGCCGCCGCCAGAAUUCUCAACGGCUCCAACAUCCUCCUCAGCGACUACGCCUCCGACGCUCAGGUCCUGCAAGCCGACUUCGUCAAAAGCAGCGUCGAAACCGACGCUUGCCCCUCCGAUGGCCUCCCUGAGUUCGCCCUCGUUGGUCGCUCCAAUGUCGGCAAAUCCUCGCUCCUCAACUCUCUUGUUCGCCGCAAGAAACUCGCCUUGACUUCGAAGAAACCUGGGAAGACUCAAUGCAUUAACCAUUUUCGGAUUAAUAAUAGCUGGUACCUGGUUGAUUUGCCUGGAUAUGGGUACGCAUCUGCACCAAAGGAACUUAGAAUGGAUUGGGAGAAAUUUUCCAAAGACUAUUUCCUUAACCGGUCAACCUUAGUUUCUGUUUUCCUUCUAAUAGAUGCUAGCAUUCCCGCUAAAAAAAUUGAUCUCGAUUAUGCCAGUUGGUUGGGUCAGAAUCAGAUCCCGAUGACAUUAAUCUUCACCAAAUGUGAUAAACGGAAGAAGGUAAAGAACGGAGGCAAAAGACCAGAAGAAAAUGUCAAUGAUUUUCAGGACUUGAUACGUGGCUUCUUUCAAACAGUGCCUCCAUGGAUCAUGACCAGUAGUGUCACCCAUCAGGGUCGUGAUGAGAUACUCCUCCAUAUGGCCCAGCUACGGAAUUACUGGCUGAAGCACUAGUUCAUGGCACCCUGUUGUUAGUGCUGGUACAUCAAAACCUUGAGUUCUUAAAUGACUAUAGUUUAAGUCACUACAUCUUUUUCUUCAUAGUGUCAAUUCGUAGGUGAGACUCAGUAUAUCCAGCGGAUUAUUCAAUUUUAUGUUUAUAGGAACAGAGAAAUGGCUUUAAAUUAACACUUUACAUUGUAUCAAAACUCAAAUGUAUCGCAUUUUUACAACAAGUGCAUGUUUUAUUUAUUUCA